GUACAUGCCUUGAACAGCUGUUAAAAACCUUCAAACUGCCAUAAAUGCUGCGACGCGUGCUUGUAAUUGGAGCCCUUGGAGCAGGCAGCGUCAGCACCGCAUUGAGUCUCCGCACCAACGACUAUGACCUCAACUCUUUGGGAAUUGUGCGAUUGUCGCGUUCCGCUAGCGCCGUUGUUGAUGUCGCCCUCACCUACAAACGGCAGCUCUAUUAUAAAGAAUGGGACAAGACGACGCCGGAGUACAAGGCGGAGAAGAGUCGUGUGCAUAAGAUUGCUGCCGAGAAACUCCUGGAUUUGAUAUGCACCAAUAAGGGAGUGUAUAUUAAGGUGGGACAACAUAUUGGCGCUCUGGAAUAUCUGUUGCCCAAAGAGUUUGUCAAUACAAUGAAGGUGCUGCACUCGGAUGCACCACAAAAUCCCAUAGAGGAUCUGUACAAAGUCAUUAGACAGGACUUGAAGCGAGAUCCAGAAGAGCUCUUUGACAGCUUUGAGCGGGAACCACUGGGCACCGCCUCAUUGGCCCAGGUGCACAAGGCGCGUCUGAAGACGGGCGAAAUUGUGGCCGUCAAAGUGCAGCAUCCGUAUGUGAAGGGAAACUCACUGGUGGACAUGAAGACCAUGGAGAUUGCUGUCAGAAUACUGGCGCGAAUAUUUCCCGACUUUAAGAUACAAUGGCUGGUGGAGGAAUCCAAGAAGAAUCUGCCAAUUGAAUUGGACUUUCUGAACGAGGGCAAGAAUGCGGAGAAGGUGGCUAGUCAGUUCAAGAAAUACAGCUGGCUGCGUGUACCCAAAAUCUACUGGGAAUUGAGUUCAUCCCGUGUGCUGGUCAUGGAGUAUCUGGAGGGUGGUCAUGUCACCGAUUUGGAUUACAUAAAACGUCACAAAAUUGAUGCCUUUGCGGUGGCCAAUAAAAUUGGCAAACUCUACUCGGAAAUGAUCUUCUCCACGGGCUUUGUGCACAGCGAUCCACAUCCGGGCAAUAUUCUGGUGCGUCAGACGCCCAAAAAUGAAUUGGAAAUCGUUUUACUCGAUCAUGGCCUAUAUGCCAAUUUGACCGAUAAGUUUCGCUAUGAAUACUCCAAACUCUGGCUGAGCAUACUGAAGGUCGAUCGCAAGGCGAUGCGCGAACACAGCGAACAGCUGGGCAUUACGGGUGAUCUGUACGGUUUAUUUGUCUGCAUGGUAACGGGACGUCCCUGGGAGACACUCAUGCAGGGCAUCACCAAAGUUAAAUAUUCCAAAGAAGAGAAGAACACGCUGCAGAGCAACACGUCGCUGGUGCUGCCCCACAUUUCGGACGUGCUGGAGCAGGUGGAUCGACAGAUGUUGCUCAUACUGAAGACCAAUGAUCUAAUACGCAGCAUUGAGUCAACAUUGCGUACACAGAAUCGCAUGACCGCCUUCUGGGCCAUGUCCAAGUGCUGUGUGCAGUCCACGUAUGCCGAGCAGCGACUACAACAAACGGCGGCAUCAAAACGCUGGCGUUUAGAUCUUGGAGAACGUUGGGAGCUGUUUAAACUUAAUAUUUACUACCUCUAUUUGGGUCUGAUUAAUUUUGACUUUUUGGCGGCCCUGAAGCAGGUGCUUUAGCAGCCAAUGAUGGAUGACAUUGCAUGACAUUGAUUAAAGUACAAAUUUGUUGGGAAAAUUACCUCGUUGCCUCUGCUCGACUAGACGUCGUGCAUUCUCCUGACGCUUGCGCUGCAUUGCGUUCUUUUUAAGGGGUGGAUUGGUUGUGAUUAGUUGUAUAUUAAUGAGGAUUAUAGGAUUAUAUUACCAUUAUCACAGCACAUGGCAAAAUGACGACGAAACAAACAAAGAUCACAAUGUAGAAAGCGUAGCCCGAAUAGAAAUAUACAUAGUCCGGUUCUGGAUCUGGCCAGUAAA